CUGACCCAGGGCCUGUCUCCUGACUGUGCCUCGGCUCCUCGUGUGCUCUGGGCGCCUUCUGUGAGGCCUUUAUAGUCACAUCCUGCAAGGAAAACCCACAGACUCCUGCCCAGCUGCCGAGGCAAAGAUGUGUGUGGGUGCUCAGCGGCCCCGGGCACUGCCGUCCGCCCUCCUGCUCCUGGGGCUCGCGCUGGGCUCCGCGGCCAAGCUCACCUGCACUGGGGACACCUACCCUGGGGGCAGCAAGUGCUGCCGUGACUGCCAGCCAGGGUUCGGGAUGGAGAAACGCUGCACCCGGGACCAGGACUCCGUGUGCCAGGAGUGCGCCCCCGGCUACUACAACGAGGCCCCCAACUACGAGCCCUGCAAGCCCUGCACUCGGUGCAACGAGCGAAGUGGGAGCGAAACCAAGCGGGCAUGCACCCCCACGAGCGACACUGUGUGCAGCUGCCGGCCCGGCACCCAGCCCCACGGUGGCUUCAAGCAAGGAGUCGACUGUGCCCCGUGCCCCCCCAGACACUUCUCCCCGGGCAACAACGAGGUCUGCAAACCCUGGACCGACUGCAGCUCGGCGGGGAAGAACACCCUGCGGGCCGCCAGCAACAGCUCCGACGCCGUCUGCGAGGUCGGGACGCCCCCUGCCCCCCAGCGCUCCGAGACCCCGGGCCCCCCAACCCGGCCCUCCACCGCCCAGCCCACCACUGCCUGGACCCUGACCUCACAGCCGCCCACCAGCCCCCCCACAGAGCCCCCCAGGGGCCCCGAGCUGGCCGCUGUCCUGGGCCUGGGGCUGGGCCUGGGCCUGCUGGCCCCCGUGGCUGCCGCCCUGGUCCUCCUGCACUACAGGGCCUGGAGGCCGCCCGCCGGCUUCCGUAAGCCCAUCCAGGAGGAGCACUCGGACGCCCACUCCACGCUGGCCAAGCUCUGAGCACGUCCCUGGGGCGUCUGUGCCCUCCCAGGCCAGGGGGCGGGGUGUCCCCAGACGCAGGCCGCCCCCCUUGGCACACAUCACCCCAUCGCUGUCACCUCAUCCCCUGUCACCCCCGUGCCCGGCUCCCAGCCCUGUCCCUGCCCCGCACCAUUCUCGGUGCUUCGGGCCGGCACCUGGGCCCACUACGUAUGCUGUGCAUACCCCCACCCAGGUGGU